UGGAUGGCAUAUUUUAAGGUGAAAGGGAUUCCCACCACUGGGAAAACUCCAAGAGUGCGUCCUGGAGCAGAGUGAGGCGAGGAGGAGGGAAGACAGCAGCAAUUUUCCCUUCAUCUUAGCCUCCACGGGCAUUUCUUCUGUGGAAGAAUGGGGGCAGGAGCUCUGACCAUCUGUCACAACAAGACAGCAGUGCAGGUUAAAGAAGACAUGAAGAAUAUGGUCCAGAUACCCAUGCUGCGACCCAAGAAAGUCAAGCACACCAAGCUGUUUGGAGCGUCCCUGUUUGAGCUGCAAGAGAAGGGCCUGGUGCAGGAUGGUGUACCUCUGGUGUUGCGGAGGAUGGUGGAGCAUCUCCGCAAGCAUGCCUUGCAUCAGGAGGGUCUGUUCAGAGUGAAUGGGAACGUGCGUGCUGUGGAGACCCUUAAACAGCGGCUGGAGAGCGGAGAGCCUGUGGACCUUCUCUCUGAAUCUGAUUCGUGUACAGUGGCCAGCUUGGUUAAACAGUACCUCAGGGACCUGCCAGAGGGUCUGGUAGAGCCCACGGUCCAGCAGGCACUGAUACAUCACUACCAAGAGUGCGGUGAUGAUGUCUCUUGGUCAGAUAUGAGAGACCUGCUCCAGCAGCUUCCGGACAUCCACCACAGCCUCCUCCGCUACCUCUGCCACUUCCUCACCCUUGUGGAGUGCAACCACAAGGAAAACCGUAUGACUGCCUUCAACCUCGCCACUGUGUUUGGACCCAGUGUCUUUCACGUUGCUCCUGGUCUUGAAGCAAUGAAGGACCAAAAUAUCUGUAACAAGAUCAUGGUCAAGCUCAUCCAGAACUACAGCAAUAUAUUUGAGAUCGACAGAGAAGGCUGCAAAGAAGAACAGUCGACCCCUAUUAUUGUCAAGGAGGCACACGUGAUGGGCGCAGACACAAAGAAGUCACCUAGCCACCCCAGUGCAAACACACAGACAGCAGUUCCCAGGACAGAGGCUGGACAAAAAAACCUACCACAAAAUGCAGAACUUCUGAACAAAUCCUCCACUAAAACUCCACAGGCAAGGCCGAGGAAAAGGAAGGUGAAGAAAGGGAAGAGUGAUGGCGUGACUCAAAUCGUUCCUCAGCCCCGCCGCUCUUCUGGGUUCCCUUGUGCAAGGCCCCUGUCCAUACCGAUAGUUUUACCCCUGAGCACGGAUCUGAGGAGCCCCAGUCCAGAGGCGAUGGAGACAGCUCCCAUUCCACUGGCUCGCCAAGAUACCCCGGACACUCCCUUGCAACUCAGCCACCUUGACGUGAGCCCCGCUGGCAGCAUGGAGACCCUCAGCAGCUCUCAAGAAGAAGAGAGGCCAAUAUCUCCUUUCUACAUGAGUAACCACCUCUCCCCUGUCCACUGCAGACCAGAUGUGUUAAAUUUUCUGGACAGGACGAUACGUUCAGCAGUGGAGCAGCACCUCUUCGAUGUAAACUCUUUAGGGGAUCAAAGUUUAGAGGACUGUCAGUUGACCUCGUAUCCACCAUCUCCAAGUGUGACACCAACUGCCCGACAGAGACGUCGACAGCAGAGAGAGCAGCAGGAGGAGGGGCUGAGACAUAAAGAAAGGAACAGAACUGCAUCCGUCAGAGCACACACCAACAAGGAAAACAUCCCAUCGAGUGGUGGAAGCAGCUCAGGCGGUGUGGGGGAGGACGCGGGCAGCAGCGUGGACUCACAGGGAGGCCAGAGUGGUCAAGCUGAGCAGACCCACAAACCCAGAAAGUCGAAACACAGCCCGUCACUGGUGCAGCUCACUGACAACCAGGACACCCACGCACUCAAGGAAUGUGUUGCUGAGAGACCUGGAGCAAACGACAUGGAGACAUUUCAGAAAGGGAAUGACAUUUCAAGAAAAGAUGGCCUUCCUUCUCCUCCACAGACGCUAAGGAUGAAGAUCCAGGAGUCGCCCGUCACUUGUGACACGGGGAGGGUCGGCGGCGGAGAGGUGCGAGCCUCGGACCCCGAUUGCGAGAAGGCGAGCUGCGAGGACGUGCCCCGGCUGGACCUGACAGCACUUACUGAGGACAACAACUGGGGAGAACCUGUGCCGGCGUACUCAUCACUACAGAGGGAGAGCAUGGACCGCGAGGAAGCUCGACUGUCCCCUCACGCCGGGGGACGUCUGAUCCGCCAGCUGCUGGAGGAAGACAGCGACCCGAUGCUGUCCCCUCGUUUCUACGCCUACGGACAGUGCCAGCAGUACCUGGACGACACUGAAGUGCCUCCCUCACCACCAAACGCUCACUCAUUUGUCAGUCGCAGACGGAGUUCGUCCCUUGGCUCCUGCGACGAUGAGAAAGAGGAGCUGACGUCUGCCCAGCUCACAAAGAGGAUCCACAUUCUGAAGAAGAAGAUCCACAGGUUCGAGGAGAGGUUUGAAGAGGAGCGGAAAUACAGGCCCUCCCACAGCGAUAAAGCUGCAAACCCAGAGGUGCUCAGAUGGGUGAACGAACUGGCCAAGCUCCGUAAAGAGCUAAAAGAACACAAGCUGAUGAAGUCUGAGGAGGAUCUGCCGCCUCUGACCCGUCAGCGCAGCAACACGCUGCCCAAAAGCUUCGGCUCGCAGCUGGAGAAGAAACCCUCGCAGGAGAAAGUGCCGAAGCCUCCGGUGGAAAGCACCCUGGAGACCAUUUUGAAGAAGCUGCAGGAGAAGAGGGAGGAGGUGAACCGCCCCGAGGACAUCAAGGAUAUGACACGGGAGCAGAUCGGAGCGGAGAAAGUGGCCCUGCAGAAAGCUCUCCUCUCCUACGAGAGCAUCCACGGUCGACCAGUCACCAAGUGCGAGAGGCAAAUCAUGAAACCCCUGUACGACAGAUAUCGUCUGGUCAAGCAGAUCCUGUGCAGAGCCUCCACCAUCCCUGUCAUUGGCUCUCCCUCCAGCAAGCGCAGAGGUCCCCUCCUUCAGCCCAUUAUCGAGGGCGAAACCGCACUCUUCUUCGAUGAUAUCAAGGAGGAAGAGGACGGCUCGGAGGACGACGCAGACUCAAAGACGCAGUUCACCGUGACCGUCCGGCCCGACCUCAGCGUCCUCGGCUUCCUGGACCACAUGGACGAGGAAGGGGACGGCUUCAUUUCGCCCGUGGACGAACUCACACCCUCCAAGAACACGACAGACAUGAGGCUGUCGAACCUGCACUCCGCCACCACGCAGGAACUUGUGGAGCAGCUCCAAGAGGCCCGAGAGGAGAAGAAGAGACUCCGCAAGAACCUGAAAGAGUUCGAGGAGCAGUUCUUCAGACAGAACGGAAGAAACGUGCAGAAGGAGGACCGCUCCCCGUUGGCGGCCGAGUACAACGAAUACAAGCACGUCAAAGCCAAGCUGCGGCUGCUGGAAGUCCUCAUCAGCAAAAGAGACUCCACGAAGUUCAUCUGAGAACAAAUAAAAGACUAAAAGACGAUGUUUCGUCUCCACAGACACAGACAGACACAUUUUCCGUCUCGCUGCCAUCCGCUCGUGUUUCUGGCUCCCGGAGAAACUUCCUGUUAAUCCGUUCCGUCGAGCCCAGCGGGGUUUUCCUCUGGACCCGCAGAGAGCCGCCGAGUCACGACUGAUUCAAAGCGACACCCGCUUCACCUGAGAAACCUCACCUUCCCGAGAGGACUCAAUGACACGAACACCCCGAAUCACACUUUCACUGCUAAUAAUUUAUUUCUAUCCUUCUAAUGUUUGUAUUGGAACAGAAAAGUUAUUUUUAUCACACUUUACUUUAGAAGUCUUAAAAAAAAAACCUUGUAAGUAAAAUAAUAGAUAUGAAAUUCUCGCUAUUUUUAAAGAAGGAUUUUGUGAUCAAGAUUUAAGUGUAUUUUUUUAAGGGAGACGUUACUAUUUGUAUACCUUCAAUCAUCUUAACACUAUUCACUAGAUGAAUAGCCUCCUCUAUUUCAGUUCUGACCAUCGUAUCAUGUCUGAAAUAAUCUUAUGUUGCUUCUCUAGAAGUUAAAGUCCAGUAUUUGCUCACUAAAAGAAGUGAUUUCUAUUUAAUACAACCCAAAGACAGAGACUCAGAGUACAAACUGCAAACCAAAAUAGCUCAUAUUCAAUGAAACAGCUUAUUUUUGUGAUCACUGGUACUUUCUUAAGCAUUUGACUGUAUAUUUUAUGCAUUGAUGUGCUCCCCCCCCCCCCAUUCACUUCAUGUCAAAUAAGCUAUAUCUCGUCUUGGAAUCACUGGUAUGUCUUUGCUCACGCUGAUAAACAUGGACGAGGACGUUUGUGAGGCGACUCUGGAGGACAGAAGUGGUCGGUGUUUGUCUCCAGAGCUCGUUUUUGUUCUGUUGUAAAUAUGGAUCACUGCGUAUGUUUACAUUUCUGUGAGCGAGUACAUUUUUCCUUUCUUUCUCCAAAAUGGAUGAUUAUCAGUGUGAAUUUCGUUUUUACUGAAUGUAAACACUGGCAAGGCUUAAUGAAUUUUGAGUGUGUACAUUUUAGUACAUAAAUUGUAUUUGUAUUUUGUAUAUAAUGUGAAUGAAAUCAUAUUUUUACUGA